AUGUUCCAGUUAGUAAUAUAUAUGGGAGUCAUUUUACAUUGAACAGUAAUUUGAGCAUUCAUGUUCUCGUUAUUGUGUCGUAAUCCAAUAGUUUCUGACUUGUAAAUUCUCCUGAAAUGUGAGGUUGCCUCUUGAAUAUCAAGUCAUGUCAGCAAUGAUUACUCGAGAAUUCUACAAUGUCAAACAUGCGGAUAUUUCCCUCUACAAUUCAUAGUUUGUCAGCUAAUUUUAGACUAUUAUCGAGUAGUCUGGUGGUGAAACAUCAUGCAAAUCCUGCGAGGAAAUGCAGUGAGUGAAACAACUUCAUCUAAUCGAACAAGAUAACAGCGUUGAACUUUGAGAAUGUGAACACUGUGGAUAUGUGGAAAUCGACUUUAUCAUUCCACUCUUCCUAACAGUGGAAAGCUGAAUUCCCACGUCAUAUUUCUCAGUCAGACAGAGUAUCCACAUUGGCCAGGUGAUCGUUGUGCGAGUCUAGUCAGUUUCUGUCUGUGACAGUCGACGCCUGAAUGAGGCUUGAUAGCUUGGAUUCUCGAGUUGAAGAAGGAUUACUUCUUGUGAGUAGGAGUGAGUGAGAGGAUAUUUCCAGCGGAUUCGUUCUGUAUUUUGAGUGGGAUAUUCUCUUCAAUACGCUAUUCACUGAAUAUAUCAACCAGCAUUAUUCAGUCUUCUAAAAUGGGAAACAUGCUGGAACACAUAUUCUCUGUACCAUUCAUUCUUGCAACUGAAUAAGCCAUAUCAUUCAGUCAAGCCUAAUUCAAUGAAUUUCUGCCCCACUUUGUUGUUUUGAAGAGGCGGAUCGUAUUUUUCGAGAAAUUAAAAAAAUAGAAUCUAACAACCACCUUUUCGACGCUUUCAUGGGGACGGUGAAAUAUUUGAUAACCACUGUCGAAGAAGAAAUGCAGAUAUUGCAAGACCGCUUGGAAACACAGGCAGCAGAAAGGAACACAACUAUCGCUGAGUGCAUUUCAGGCAUCAUAAGGAAAGUAAAUCAGUCAUAUGGUGGUUUCUUCGUCAUGCCUGCGAAUAAUACUCUUUGGAUUCAAUCUCUUAUCCAUGGAUCUGUAGUUAAUGCUGGCAGUGGUGAAUCAACCCCAGAUUUGACAGUUUGUGAUAGUCUUCUAUCGGUUGAACGAACUGAAGCAUUAGCUAUUGAAAUUUCCUAUCUCAACCUGUUAUCAGGUUUUUCUCAUGUUAGGUAUCAUGCAAAAAAAGAAUAA